AUGGAUCUUCGUUCGGUACUCAACACGUCUGAUAAUGGCGAACGUGGCCCGCCAAAGGCGCCCCCUACUCCUCAGCAGCAACAUCAAAGUCGGCCAGCGCAAAGUCCUGCCCGAUACGGAUAUCACGAUUAUAAUCAACAGCCGCCUCAUCCGUCUCCCGGAAAACCCAUCACCCAAGAUUAUCCUCGACACCCUCAGCAGCAGCCACCUCCAAACGCUUAUCCCCCUCCGUCACCUUAUCAGAAUCCAGCGGCACAAUACCCACCGCGUGUCUCGCAACCUCUUCCUCCCCAUCGCGCAGGCUCCUUUCAUGAUGCGCGGUCUCCUGGAGGCAUAAACGCGCCAGCACAAUCGCCGUACCGACCUACACCGACUCCGACAAAUGCACCGGCAGGCUCAGCCGGAUACCCAUUCCCUCCCACGCCAGUGGCCCAAGAGAUGCCAAGUCCCGGUCAGCGGCACCAUUAUCCUCCUGGCCACUAUGCUCAACAACCACAACCACAAAGCCAGGAUACCUUUGCACAGAGGGAUGGUGCACAUUCGUCCGGAGGUUAUGUGCAACAACAUCAAGUCCCACAAACACCCCCAAUCAGCACAGCUGCGGGUCCGUCACAGCAGUAUUUACACCAACGAUCACAGUCUACUCACUCAACGCCAACGCCGACCUCUGCGCAUAGUCAACAACAUUUCGGCCCUCCACAUGCUCAUGGGAGUCCUGUCCAGGCUUCUCGUCAAAAUUCCGAGUAUAGACAACCAUCACAGCCUCCUACACCCCUCGGGCCGCCUCAGAGCGGUGGUGCUCGCCCUGCUCCUGGGCCACCCGCGAGUUUUACGCAGCCCCCGAGCCCAUACCAGCAAAGGGUUACGGCAAUAGGGAACGGUCCUCAACCUCAGUCACCAGCUCUUACAAACACAGCAUUACGUCGCGUGUCUGGCCCUAGCCACCAAGAAUCUCCCGUAACUGAACCUCACCAGCGCUCGAAGUCCCUUCAUUCCCGAGAGCAUAGUCUGUCAGUCAGCCCUCGAACACGAGUAGCAUCUAUCGCCAGCAAUUCAGACCGAGUUAUGGCGUCUCCAGUCGAUAUAGAGAGAAAAUCGCUUCCUGUAGCCCAAACGGUUGCUAUAGAACCAGAGCGCGCGGUUACACCUGCAAAACGCAAACUAGAUGACCGGAAUCUCAGCCCCAAGGAACUAGAACACAAAGAAACCAGGCCACCACCAGGUGACCUAAAUGGCACACAUAGCAGCACUAAACAACCCUCGUCAUCCCCAGCGGCAGCUAAGAAAAGGCGUGCCCAUCGAGCGCAGCCUCCUAUUUGGGCCCAGAGCGCCUAUUCACUGGGAAACAAGAUGCCAAAUCACGGCAAUUUUGUCCUUCAAAAACGUGUACACUCUCACAUAAACGGAAAAGCUGAAGGCGGGAGUAAGACAGAUAGAUCAAGUCGGCAUGCCUCGCCCGACGCUCCACGUACAUCGCUGUCUACGGCGUCAAAAUCGGCUCCGCCGGUCGCGGAACCUGGACCUCAAGACAUUCUAGGACCUUGGGAAGCCAGUAUAACCGGUGUCAAGCCAUAUGAGGAAUUGUCGAAAACAGUAGCUGACUUCAUCUUCAUCCAUGUGGUGAAUAACCCGGAUAUCAAGGAGAUAACAAGCCGGGGCAUUCAAUUUGAGAUUGAAGCCAAGCUAGGUACACUGAUUGACAAGGACACGAACUACCGCGUGGAUCGAUUGCUAGACACGGAAUGCGUCCUUCAUGACACUGGUCGAGUUGCAUUCAAAAGCAGCAUGACAGAGGUACACCACAAGGCAUUCAAUGACUUCUUGAAUCACAUAGUCAUUCAAACUGAUCCUCGGGCACCCAAUGGAGCUGGUCGUGUUCAAGUUCACUACAAGCAUAGACGUGAGCUUGACCGAUAUUUUGAAUUGCCCCCGGAUUUGCAGAGCCGCCUUCCUGGAUGCGUGAGGUCUAGGCUGGGAUCUCGUGUGAGAAACGUCAAGGCCAGAGUAACAUAUGAUCAGAAGACGGGCCAGGUCCUCAACAAAAUCAUCAAAGCCAGAGUAGCUGACAUUGACAUUCACAUGCCGACAAGCCCUAUGGACUGUCGACUCAGCAUCAAUCUUGAAAUGAAUUGGGAUGGUCCCUUGGAGGAGUUAGAGCAGCUAGGGCCAGCUCAGACAGGCGGGACAUCGGACAGGCAGAAGGACCGGCUCAGCUAUACUCAAGGGCAUUAUCAAAUUGACCUGACGCAAGUCACAUUGUCACCAUCAGUUCCAUCUAAUACCCAGAAGAUUGAAAAAGAACACGAGCUCGAAAUCGAACUGGCUUCCGCGAUGGUGCUCGAUCAAGGUGCAAAGGCCAUGAGCGGAGCGCCUCACCGCUACCAGGAGCUUAUUGAAGGCUUCCUGGACAACUACGCCAAUACAGGCAAUGAUGCCAAUGACUUUCGCACCAUCUCUCUUAGUAGAACCAUAAGCUCACCGAUUGAAGCAGUGUGGGCUGCCUGUACUAAGCCUGAUCUCAUCACCGAAUGGUUUGCGCCUGUGACGGGGACCUUCGAGGUGGAUGGGCAAUACCAGGUCAAGGGCAAUGCUAGAGGGACCAUUGUUGAUUGCGAGCCAUCCAGUGGAUUUACCUUGACAUGGGAAUUUGGUCAAGAAAUAAGUCACGUUCGCGUCAGCUUGAAGAGCUCGAACAAUCCUUCAACAACAACAAGAACAACAAUUCGUCUGGAUCAUGCAUUUGCCAUCAACGAUCACUGGAGGCAGUACGGCCCUGGUGCAGGAGGUGUCGGAUGGGACAUGGCAUUUCUAGGUCUCAAAUCACAUCUUGCUGGAGAUUUUGUUCCAAAAGAUGAAACCUGGUGGUCAGUUGAUGAAGCCGCAAUUUCGUUCCUUAAAGGCAGUAGUGAGGCAUGGGGCCGAGCAGCUAUCUCUGCUGGUGAGGAUGAAGAAUGGGCGAACAAGGCAAGGGAGCAAACAACAAAGUUUUAUGCCCCUUCCGCUGUAGAACCUUAA